AAUGAGUAUGAAAAAAUGAGAGAAAAAGCCAGAAUAUUCAUUUUUGGGUGAACUAUUGCUUGAAGUAUAUCUUAUACAUUUUUUAUAAAGAUUAAUGUACUCUUCAUAUGGUCAUUAAUUGGCAAGUAAAUGUACAUCUACCUGUAUUUUUUUUGUAUUUUAGUUAAACAUUCAUUUCCUCGUCAAGACACACCCCAUCUGAAAAUCUAUAAAGUGAGGACUGAAACAGCCAUGUUAUAUCAUUCACCUCCUGAUCAAAGAUGGAUCUACAAGCCUCAGUUUUUCUUCUGUUCGCUCUUUUCACUGCAGGACACUCUCUCAGCUGUUAUAAGUGCACAAGUGUGUCGGGCUCUUGUCCACAGACGACAUGCUCAGAUGGAGUUACCAGCUGCAUCAGUGCAGCAUUAUAUUUAGUCAACAGUACUAUAGUAACAGCUCAGAGUUGUGCUUUACCAAUUGGAUGUCCAAGUGGAUCCAUCAACCUAGGCAUCGCAAAGAUUGCUUCUUCCUGCUGUAACACAGAUCUCUGUAACUCCCAAAAUGCUGCAGAUCCCGCUGUUGUCCCCAAUGGAAAGUCAUGUUACUAUUGUGAUGGACAGAGCUGCUCAAACAAACUGAGCUGCUCAGGGAGUGAAGACCGCUGCAUUAAAGCAACAGGGAAUUUCGGAAGCCAGAAUAUGGUUGUAAAAGGCUGUGUCUCUAAAUCCGUUUGUGAUUAUGUCUCAGUACUGAAUUCAUAUGUUGAUAGCGUCUCAUGCUGUGAGGGGAACCUGUGUAACGGAGCUAAGAGUGUCACUCAGAGCUUCCUGUUCCUCUGCUGUUCUCUGCUCUCCUUCAUCCUGCUGCACUGAAUCCAGCAGCUCUUCACAUUCUACAAUGAGACACACUGUACUGAAUAUGCGGCUUGCAUCAUCUCUACUACCUUUAACUUGGUGCGAUGAAUUUAAAAAGAUAUACAAAAUCUGAUUACUGGUAAUUGAAAUACAUUUUUCUGGUCUACACAAUAUUAAUGUAUUAAAAUGAAUUACUUUAUAUUCACUGAAUAUUUACUCAACUCAUUCCGGUCAGAAACUGCAUAAAGACGUUUCACUUAAUGCAUCUGUGAUAGCAGAUCUUCUCAUUACAAUAACUUUGCAGCUUUAUGUAUUUUGCUAUAUUGGUAAAUUCUUUGUUUAAUGUGUAUUUAUUCUGAUAUGAAGAAGGUAAAGGUGAUAAAUCUGUAACUCAGGGCUCACAAUGUCUUAACCAUGCAAUGCAGACUUUCUCAUUGUGCUCUAUACCCAUAUAUUUUGUUUGCUUAAAAUAAAA